CUAAAUCCAGGAGAAGCAAAGUAGAAAGAAUGAAAGGAAAGGCGGAAAGGUUUCUGUAGGAUAUAACGCCACCUAGCGUUGUGAUUUAGCAAGAAUUAAGUUUGGUUUUAGUCAAUAGAUGGCUUUCUGUGGCGUUGGCGUCUGCUUUUCCAGUUGAGAUCUAGUAAUUGAAUUCUCAUAGUGUUUGUUUAGUAAAAAAUAACGUCUAUCUGUUAAAGUUCAUCAUGUCGCUACAACGUGAACGGCGUGUAAAUGCGGGCAAUCGCUUGUCAAAAUUACUGGAGGAAGAAGAACAGGAUGACGAUUUCUAUAAAAGCACUUACGGUGGAUUCAAUGAUGAAGAAGAUGACAAUGAAUUCGUUUUCAAAGCGGAAGAGGACCAGGAUGACGUAGUAGACUCAGAUUUCAGCAUUGAUGAAAAUGAUGAACCUAUCUCUGAUCAUGAAGAUGAGGGCACUAAAAGAAAACGAGGUGUAGUCAGUACCAAAGCGUACAAGGAGCCUAAAGCUUCCUCGAGCAAACGCUUAAAGGGUGACAAAAAUGCUGAUGAAAUGACAGAAAGAAUAGCAAAAGCUGGAGAAAAAACAGAAGUUCCUGUGGAAGUCCCGAAGGUCAGGUCGAAAUAUGCCAGAAAGCCAAAAAUUCCUUCACAGGCCAGAGAAAAGAAGGCAGUAAGGCAAACAACUGUAUUGAAAUCAGCUGAAACUGUACAAAGACUCAGGGAGAGAGAAACAAAAGGGAAAAGAAAACACAACAGAAGGGACAAUUCUGAAAAGUUAACCCAACAACAGCUUCUAGAAGAAGCCAAAGAGACUGAAUUGCUUAACAUUCAAUCAUUGGAAAAGUAUCACCAACUUGAACUGGAGAAAAAGAAAACUAGGGUCGUGAAAAAGGCUCCUACUGGACCAACAAUUCGUUACCUCUCGACGUCAAUGCCUCUGAUCCAGGAAGUCAACCCGGAAGCCGAGCGAAUUAAUGUCGAAGAAGAUGAGGAAAAAGAAGAUAAUCCAGUUGUUGAGAAUGGCACGGUAGCCACAGUCGACAGCAAGCAGUGUUGUGAAAGAACUUUCGUUACGUUUUCGAAUGACAGUGUCUUGGAGGCUAAUUUCAGUCGGACGAAAGUCACUCCACCUCAAAAGAAUUUUUGUCCUAUCACCAGGCAAAGAGCCAAAUACUUUGAUCCGGUGACUCAGCUGCCGUACGGCACUCUACAGGCCUUCCGGAUUUUACGUGAGGCCUAUUGCCAGCAGCUGGAGGUGAAAGGAGACGCCAGCGAUCCGGAGAUCGGCCGCUGGAAGGAAUGGCGUCAAAAGUACCGCCAAGCUCGACUCGCCGCUCUAGCUGCCGCUCGCGCUCAACAGGUCAACGCGCAGGGAAACUCAGCACCUGCAUCGACGCCAGUUCCAGCAGUCAAACCCUCCAACUCGAAUAACUCCACACCGACGAUAUGAACGAAAUUCUCCUCAUUUUUUGCAACCGACAUGAAUAAAAUGGACAUUUUUUGAUA